AUGUCUCCAGCUUCAUCAAUCCACGAUCCAGGCGAAAGCCAGCCGCUUCUCUCAGGGCAUCGGCGACGCACCGGCACGUUUCAACUGCCCUCAUUCAGUGGCCAGCGGCUCGUAUCGCCUCUAUCGAUGCGACGUGCCUCGCUGCAAGAAGUUCACCCACACCACGAAGACGUGGAACCGGUUCUGCCGGCCGCACCAGUCGCUGCGCAUCAAGAGACACGACUGCACAAGCCACAGUGGGCGCUCAGCGACAGACCGCCAAACACCUGGGCCCAGAUCCGUCAUUACUGGCGCGAGGAGUUCGCAGAAUUCUGGGGCACGUUUAUGAUUCUGCUCUUCGGAGCAGGCGUUGAAUGCGAGACACGUCUCAACUACCAAUCCCCCGACAUCCGCGAGAACGCCGGAGACUUUUUGCAAUGCCGCCUGGCCUGGGCAGCAGGCGUAGCCAUGGCGGUAUGGAUGUCCGGCGGCGUAUCAGGCGGACACUGCAACCCGACGGUGACAGUCGUCCUCGCCCUCUUCCGUGGCUUCCCCUGGCGUAAAGUGCCCAGCUUUUUAGCUGCGCAGGUCCUGGGUGCGACCCUCGCCAGUCUUGCCGUCUACCUCAACUAUGCUACGAGCAUCGCGGCAUAUGAGGGCGGCGCCGCCCGUACUCUGGUCGGCGAGCACGCCACUGCCGGUCUCUUCUUCACGUUCCCCGCCGCCAGACUUCCCUACGCCGGUGCCUUUUACACCGAGUUCCUCGCCUCGGCCGCGCUGGUUGCUAUAGUGUUUGCUCUGGCCGACAAGAACAACCUGUCGCCGCCCAAGGGUACGCAGCCCUUUGCCAUGUUUUUGGCUCUGUUGGCCAUCGGCUCCGCGUUGGGCAUCAACACUGGGUAUGCCAUGAACGGGGCCAGAGACACCGGCCCGCGUAUCGCGUUGGCUAUCGUCGGCUACGGCUCAGAGGUCUUCACUCAUGACUAUUAUUACUGGCUCUGGGCGCCUUGGGUUGCGGCUAUUGUUGGUGGUAUAGUGGGUGCUUGCGUGUAUGAUGGCUUCAUCUACACCGGGCGUGACUCUCCUUUCAACAUCCCAAGAAAGGAGGAUGAUUGA